UCCAUGUCCAUGCUUGGUAUUUGGAAGAGAAUUCGGAAUUCAGAUGUUCCAAUUUUCUUCCACAUGUAUUGUGUAUAAUUAUAUACAUAAUUUAUGUGAAAAUCUCUCUUAGCUGUUCAACUUUGAAUUAUAUAAUAAUCCACGUUUCUCGGUAAAAGUGCGAAAUAGAAAAAGAUUAAAUUUAUUUGAAAUAGAGAAAUUAUAUCUAUCAUAACAGAACAAUCAUGGGCAACGCUCUUACCACUGCAUCUGUGUCCGCUGCUGAUGUGAUAGUACCAGUAUCUCAACAAAUUAUUAAGCUAGAAUCCCAUAAGACAAAGCAGUAUCGAGAUGAACCACCACCGGAAUGUCCCAUGCAUAAAUCAGGUCAAUUAAACACUACCAAUUAUGUUAGUGAAUGUCCAAUAGACAAAAUGGACGAAAGCGAAAUAAAUCCAUUAAACAUGAUGCCACCAGCGAAUCAGCAACCCGCACCAGACCAGCCAUUUCCAUUACCAACUGAUAGACAAGUUUCAACAAUACCCAAAGCGACUGGGGAGGGAGAAUUUUGGGUAUAUCCUUCUCAACAAAUGUUUUGGAAUGCUAUGUUAAGAAAAGGAUGGCGAUGGAAAAAAGAUGAUAUAUCUUCAAAAGAUAUGGAUGAUAUAAUAAAAAUUCACAAUGCUAAUAAUGAGCAGGCAUGGCAAGAGGUUCUUAAAUGGGAAGCGCUUCAUGCGCGAGAAUGUUGUAACCCGAAAUUGCGUAGUUUUGGUGGAAAAGCAUCAAAAUACUCUCCACGUGCGCGCAUUCGCUAUUGGAUGGGAUAUGAAUUGCCAUUCGAUCGACAUGACUGGAUUAUAGAUCGUUGUGGUAAAAACGUAAGAUAUAUUAUCGAUUAUUAUGACGGCGGUAAAGUUAAUGAAAAGUACACCUUUGCGUUACUUGAUGUGAGACCUGCGAUGGAUUCAUGGGAAAAUAUCUGGGAUCGAAUGAAAGUGGCAUGGUGGCGUUGGAGGUAUCAAUCCAAUGAUGAGUCAGCAUCUACCACGCAUUAAUUUAUAAAUUAGCGCUAAUAUAAGAUACUAGUCUGAGAAACUUUUAUUGAAAUGAUAAUUAAUGCCUUAAUGAUUAUGUAACAUAACAAUAUUGCAUUGAGAGAUCAUUAAAUGUGUACAAUAGUUUGAAAAAUAUAAAUAUAAAUUUAUGAUAUAUUGCAAAAAAAGUUUUGCAGCAUUAUUAUCAUCAAAUAUAAAGUGGAUCAGGAAAGUAUUCGUAUACUACAAAAUAAAUAAAUUUUGUAUAUAUUUUACAAAUGUAUAAAUACCUUUUUCUCAUCCAUUAUAUAUAAAUCAAAUUAAAAUUGAUUUGCAUUACAUGUCGAGUCAAAAAUAAUUCCCAAAAAUAAUGUUAUAAAGCUAAAAACGUAAUUAUGUGUUAUGUAUAGAUUAAAUUAAUAUUUAAUAUCUAAACAGAAUAUUAAUUUAACUUAUAUAUAAAUCAUGUAAGUACUUAAUUUUAUGAUUUUAAGAAUCUCUUGUUAAUAUUAUAAUAAAAUUUAAAAAUUUACUGCCAAGAGAACAUCGAGUAAUCUGCUUAAGAUAUGAUGCUAGGUUUUUGAAGAGUUCUAUAUAGUGUGUGUGUAUAUAUAUAUAUAUAUAUAUAUAUAUAUAUAUAAUUAAUUACAAUUUUAUUUCAUAGAUUACAAUUAAAACUUCUCUCUAUAAGUGCAUUCAUUUAGUUCUACAUCCAUCACUAUUUUAUUAAAAAUUAUUAAUUACUUUUCUUUAUCAAAGAGAAAAAUAUCUUUUUUUUUUUAAUGAAUUACCUUUGUCAACUACCUUUUUUGAACUAGAUUAAUCUAUUAAAAAUGUGUACAAUACAUCUAUUAAAAAAUAUAUUAAACAAUAUCCUAUCUCUUUAUUAUAUCAAAUUAUUUUGCAUAAUUGCAUAUUCUGAACAAAAUUAUGAAAGACAAUUAUAGAUAAAUAUUUUUUAUCAUACAGUGUACAUCAUUUUAUUGUCAACAUGUAGCUCUAUUUACCUUUCACGACAUUUACAGAUUUCAACAAUUUAAAAUUCCCAGACUUGUCAAGUAAUUUGUCUAUAACAUUUUCCUUGAUUAUUUACAUUUUA